GAACUCUAACUCUAGAGUCUGGGAGACCUAUUUAGGCAGGAUCUGAAGUGCAGGACACAAGCCCUCUCCCUGAACUGAUGGCGCUGAGCUGGGCCGCCACCACCAUUCUGGCACUCACCCUGUCUUGCCUGCUCAUCCUCACCACCUGGAAAUGGAGAAGCAAGGGAGCCAAGCUGCCCCCAGGCCCCCUGCCUCUGCCCUUCCUGGGGAACUUGCUGCAACUCAGGAUCACGACCAUGCUUGAUUCUUGCCUGCAGCUCAGGGAGACAUAUGGCCCAGUCUUCACGGUGUACUUUGGGUCCCUACCAGUCGUGGUUUUGUGCGGACAUGAUGCUGUGAAGGAGGCCCUGGUGGGCCAAGCAGAUGACUUCAGUGGUCGUGGACGAAUGGGCUCAGUUCCUAAGAACCGUGAGGAGGCUCUAUCCUUCGCUAAUGGAGAACGAUGGAAGAUUGUCCGACGCUUCACCCUGACUGCUCUCUGGGACUCUGGGAUGGGAAAAUGGAGGAUUGAGGAACGAAUCCUGGAGGAGGAUGGCUUCUUGCUCAAGGAAUUCCACAAGACCAAGGGUGUGCCCAUUGACCCCACUUUCUUCCUGAGCUGCGCUGUCUGCAAUGUCAUCUGUUCCCUAGUCUUUGGAAGCCGCUUUGACUAUGAGGAUGGGCAGUUCCAGAAGCUGCUGCAGAUGAUCCACCGGACCAUGGACAGUCAGAACUCACCAUUGGCACAGGUGUCCAUCCACCUUCUCUGUGCCCACCCUCCACCCACUCACUGA